UUCACUGUGGCCGAACUGCUCUCUUUGUCCUGCCAUGGUAACCUGGGUAUUGCGUAUUUGUGAGUGAGGGAGGGGGGGUGGAGUUAAAAAUCACUGCUGUCAGUUUAGGUAUCGUGGCUGGUAGUCGGUAUAUCUCUGAGCGACAUGCUAUGGGGUCAGAGAGAAGACCUUCUAGUAGCAGUAUGGAGAUGACAGCGCUGGAGGAGAAGGUGGACACUCUGAGCCGGGCACUGGAGCAGCUGCUAUCGCGUUCAGUGUGUGCGCAGUGCGGCGCCUGCCAGCGGCAUGCCCAGCAACAGGAGGAGCAGGCUCGGCGCCUGGAGGCCCUGGAGAAGCUGGUGCUGGCCAUGCACACUGUCUUACAGGGGCCCGUGUCAGCUGUGCCUGAGAAAUGGAGGCUGCCACCUGGCCGCGAGGGGGCCAGCAAACCAGGUUUCCAACCUGCACCUGUGAAGGAGCUGCCAAAUAGGACCUCAUCCUCCCUGAAAGUGCCACUGGGAUUACCCACUGCAGAAAGAAAGGAGGCGCUGUUUAAUUUGGGAAACAGAAAUCAGAGCGUAACACUACGGGAUACACAGCCACCCAAAAGAGGUGCACCAACAGACCAGACAGAUGAAGAGGGAAAGACGGAUAUCAAGGGUCAGAGGGUAUACAAGACAAACCGACCCCCGGAGCGAGAGGAAUUAAGACGCUCCCUACCAGAGCUUGCACCCUCAGUACAGUCACCCAGAGUCAAUGUCCCCAAAGUGCAGGAAGGACCUGCGAGGACAGAGAGUGACAGGAGUGGGAGGAGGAGGAAAUCCUUAACUCAGACAAAGCUGGGGCCUAGAGAGGGGAAGGAGGCUGGAGACAAACAGGGAGAUAGAAACAAGACGGACAGUGCUAGUCAGGGGGAGCAGCGGCAAGCGGCGUGCGCUGCGGCUAAGGAGACAUCUGGCGGUGUGCUGACAGAGCCCAAGGCCAGCAGGAAGGCCUCCUUGCCAAAUGCGUCGCUGGUGACAAUUCCUGAACCCGAGAAAUCAAAAAAGCCAGACGAGCUCGCAGAGAAGUCACUAUUGACAGUUCCCAAAGCGACAGACGAAGGCUCUACGCUCCGGCAUGUCAGCAGCUGCCCAGUGUCGCUGCAAAGGCUGCAGAGUUCAGAAGCUUCUCCCAGCCAGCUGGCAAAGGCAGGCAAUUCUGCUCCAGGAUCAGUGCAGAGGAAACACUCAGCGGCCUCCAGCAUACAGAUUGAAAUCAGCCCAGCACCCACAGCCCCUCCCAGACCAAAGGCACCACCACAGACCUGCUGCAAGGUGAUAGAUGACGACCCUCCGCUUCCUGCGCCUUUCCCUCAUCGGAUUGUAUCGCUGAGGCCCAGCCAACCCGCCGAGUCCUUUACCAUCGACACCCAAUCUCUUCUGGGGGGCGGGCGCUUUGGCCGAGUGCACAUGUGCAGUGAAAAAACAUCUGGAUUGAAGCUGGCGGCAAAGAUCAUAUCAGCACGGAAUGCUAAAGAGAAGGAGACGGCACUAAAUGAGAUACAGGUGAUGAACCAGUUGAGCCACCCUAAUGUCAUCCAGUUGUACGAUGCUUACGAAGCCAGGAACGAAGUGGUGUUGAUUAUGGAAUAUGUAGAGGGAGGGGAGCUCUUCGAGAGGAUUGUGGAUGAGAGCUCACCUCUGACUGAGCUUGACGCUAUGAUCUAUGUGAAACAAAUCUGUCAGGGCAUUCAAUACAUGCACCAGAUGUAUGUCCUACACCUGGACCUUAAGCCUGAGAACAUUCUCUGUUUGAGUUGCACUGGACACCAGGUGAAGAUCAUUGACUUCGGACUGGCUAGGAGGUACAAGCCUAGAGAAAAGCUGCGUGUCUCAUUUGGAACGCCAGAGUUUCUGGCUCCAGAAAUCGUUAACUUUGACUUUGUCUCUUUCCCCACUGACAUGUGGACGGUCGGGGUGGUCACCUACAUGCUGCUGAGUGGUCUGUCCCCAUUCUUGGGUGACGAUGACAGCCAGACCCUCAACAAUGUCUUGACGAUAAAUUGGUACUUUGAUGAGGAGGCCUUUGAGCAUGUUUCAGCUGAAGCCAAAGAUUUUGUUUCCAACCUGCUCAUCCGAGAAAGGAGUGGACGUCUAAGUGCAACACAGUGUCUGAAGCACCCUUGGCUCAGCAACAUUACCGAAAAAGCCAAACACAACAAUAUUGUCCUCAAAUCGCAGGUCCAACUUAAGAAGUACAUCACCAGGAGGCUCUGGAAGGUGGGCAUUUUACUUACUCAGAGGAAAUCAAAUUCUUUUACUUUCACAAUAAAUACUCUAUUGAAUUUUAACUGUUACUUUGCCCAUUGCUGGUUAUUAGACUUACACAGUGUGUAUUUCUUUUUGGCCUGGCAGAAGAACUACAUAGCGAUAGCGGCUGCUAACAGGUUCAAGAAGAUCAGCAGCUCAGGUUCUCUUACCACUCUGGGGAUCUGACAGACAUAACUUACACAGGAACGGCGUGAUGAAAAUCAUUAAAAAGUUCUUUGGUUACGUUUAAAUACUAUAUCAUGUUUCUUGUUAUUAACAUGUUUUCAACUUUUCUUGAAUUAAAUGCUUGGCAACUUCCUUCUGUUCAGUUGAGUUUUCUCGCCACUAGAGGCCACCACUGCAGUGCUCAUUAUUAGCCUUUAUAGAUAUCUAGAGUUUAUGUUACUUGGCGGGAAACCACUUGUGCGGAAAUUGCAUUUUUUAAAUGUUGAUCUUGUCAGAAUUUUGUGAAGUAAGAGACAAAGUAUGUUUACAUAAAUAAUAAGAUUACUGAUAGGACUACGGACAGUAUUUAAAAUCUAAAAGCAUACACUUUCCUGUUCAGUAUCUUGUCACUGAUUUUGCCAUCAACACUGCAUGUAUUUCAGUGGAGACUAUGAACUAAAAUCUGUUUAUGGUUUUUUAUUAUAGAUUGAUUCAUUUAAUUUGGUGUUGUGUUAAAAGUAAUAGAUUUGGUUAUGUGGGUUAUCCAUCUACUUAGGUGCCUAAAUCGAAGUGUGUUGCAGCACCAUGAGCAAAGAACUAGAUUUUUUUUUCCUGAAAAAUUAUCAGUAAGAGAUCAAAUGACCUUCAGUGUUACAUGUUUACCAGGAAAACCAAGCCAAGCCACAACUGACUGUGGAACUCGUAACAUUUUUCAAGUGCCUUUCAUUUUUCUGCAUUUCUAUGUAUCGUGCUUUAGAUCUGUAACCUUUCAUUGAAAUUGAAUUACCUUAGUAGUGAGUCCAGACAACCUGUUGACCACAAGUGUAGAUAUAUAGUUAACCCACUCAUGUUGGGUUAAUUUUGUCCAUUGAUAUGUUCAUAUUUUUAAAGCAAAAUUCAUAUUUCUUAAUAUGUAUGAUCACGUACUGAGUUACUCCACUUUUUUCUGUUUUUAAUGCUCGGUUUUCCACAAAUUUCAAGAUGGGGCGGCAGAGACCAGAUAUGUCACCCUGGUCGUUCCUUCCAAACUUUUCUCUAAACCGAAUCCUUGGUGCUGUGAGAAGGUGAAGAACAGUCCUGAUAAGGGCACCGCGAUCUUUGACUCAGUGUGUCUGCUGGCUUUUGGCCAAGUAAAGCUCUGAAUUGGUCACAAUGAGUUACAAUGACCAGUGAUACUGAUCAUCCGGGGGUGGAGAUGUUCCUUAUAGAUUCUGAGUAAAACUAUAUUAAUUGGUGCACUAACAACAAUGAUCUGAACAUAUGUCAGCAAACAUGUAGGAGAGAGCUUCAUAUUGCAGGGGACACAACUUAAUAAUUUAUAAUUCCAAAUUAAAUAUUGCGGGGUACAUGCCCACCUGUUUCCAUGAUCCUGUACAUGAGUAUUACCAGUGUUUUUCUUUCUGACUUAUUGGUUAAAUGAAAGCUGUGGAAUUUAAUUUAAUUUGUUUCUCUUGCCCUGGACAACAUAUCUAAAAAAUGAAUAAAAUGAAAUAUAAGUGGCAUCCAGAACGGAUCCAGGUUGUUUCUGUCCUGCAGUAUUAUUACAGUAAAAUCCCGUUAUAACGGACUUCAAGGGACCUGGCAAAACAGUCUGUUAAAUACAAAGUCCAUUACAGCCAGAGUUGCUGUAUGCCCAGAAUACAACUACAGGACACCAUUUACUCAUGCCACAGUCCAGCAGACACAUUUAUGGUAUAGAUUAUUAUAUUAUACAUGUAGUAAUCCAACUUUACCUGGCCUGAUGCAUGACUAUUAAUAAUUCCGAUUACGUAUCUGCGCUGGAUAUCACCGGCAGGUCACGCGCCUUGUAAGCGGAGCCUGCAUGUCCGUUAUAGCCGAACAAAACUACAGCUAAAAGCGGCCCUGGGGACCAAAUUGUUUGCCCAUUAUAAGCGAAAUCCCAUUAUAUGCGAGUCCGCUAUAUAUGAUGCUUUUUCUGCAUGUUCUUAAAGGUGCGCGGCCUGGACCAGCGGACCUCAUCCAUUAUAGACGAUAUUAUAUUAUAAGCGAGUCCACUAUAACAGGAUUUUACUGUAGUACAAGUUGACAACUUCACAAGAGAAGCUGAGUGAGCUUUAUAGAUCAUAUAAUGACAUGAUGAGAUAUACAAACAUAUGGAUGAUGGGAUCUGAGACAAGGUCGAAAACACAGGACAGAACAAGACAAUGGGGCCUAACACUUAAGACUACAUAUAUAUAGUAUCUGAGUGUAUAAUCUGUGGCAAUAAUUAAUGCAGCAGCAAAGAACAGUAAAAAUAAAUACAAUAGUGUCAGUGAAUAAAUAGUGAAAUAAAGUAGCCAGUGAGAUGAGGUUAUUUCUAGGCACAAGAAUUGCAUCAUUACUUACUAUUACAAACACCCGUAUAUUGGUGUUGAACAGUCAUAUGUUUGCCAAUUAAUGUUGCAUUAAGUACAUUCAUUUUGAAUACUCUUGUAGGUUGUAUUUAUGGCAAUGUCCUCAGUGAGACUUGAACCUGGAAAUAUGCACAAUCACUUUCUCUUUCAGUUCAUUCAGUUCAAACUUAAGCUUGUGCUGAUGUUGGUUUUGCUUCGUAGAAUGAUCAUGUUUAGUGUAUUAUUUACUGCAGUAGGCCUUCAGUGACAGGUCUUUUGAAGAAAUUAAUGUUACCUUUUAUUAGUAUUCAGCAUGAUCAGGGACUAAAUUUAUUCAUAAUUUGUGUGUGAUUGAUGCACCUGUUUUCCAGUGGACUGAUAACAUCUUAUUCAGUGAGCAGUAGCAAGACUAUAAACCAUUUGUGUUGCAUUGUCUUUGUGGAGUGUCAGUUAAGGAAAACCACAUCAUUCCUAAAGAUGGUGAGAAAUCUUCAGACCAGUUUCACAUUUCCGCUUGGGGACAGUAAUUUAGGUGUUUCUUUUAUUACUGUUUUUUUCUUCCUUUUUUUGGAGAGGUGGUUGGUUGCUAUUCCGGCAUUUUUCUCUGUAAUGCUCUCUAUCCAUUACAAUAUUUGAAAUAUUUAAUGUCGAAUCAAUCAUAUUAAGUCAAACUGAAAAUAUUAUUUUGUUUUUUUUUGUUUAUGGUGUAACUAUGCUCAUACAUAGAUCCCUCCGCUUAUAAAUUCUUUUAUGAAAUGCCUUGGAAGCUGGUGGGGUCAAGUUUUCACUCCUCCUCAGCUCUCUCUCUCUCUCUCUCUCCUUCCAAUACCACUCUUCAUAAAUUGUUUAUUGGUACAAACAUAACAAGACAAAAGCAUCAAAUUAAUGCUUUUUCCUGUCUUUUUCUUUGAAUCUAAUCAUAACACCUGUGGGACAGACUGUGUUUCCGCUGUUCAGUGUGGGGCGACUUGUUAGGUCUGAUGCCGUCUAUAAAUACCCCUCUGACUGCACCCCAAGAACAUCCAAUUGGCUUCUGAUGGGUAGAAGAUCUGGGUCAUGCCUUGACGUUGGCAGGGCUGUCCCCCUCCUUUCUCCUUAUUUAGUUUGAAAUGUCUUGGUUUAGCUUCCAGGGCUCAUCUGCUUUUCUUGGGAAUGUCUAUGAAUAGAGCAUGCAGAAGAUAUGGCUCUCUGUGGGGGGGGAGCAGACCAGAGGAGGGGCUGAGCACCAUCUGGAGCUGUCACUCAAGCUGAAUGGGGUUAGGUGCCAGGAUGCCAGAGGGAAUGGCUCAUUCACUUUCCAGUGCUCUGGGGAGAGCACGCAAGCUUAAUGCCUCUUACAGGGAGUAUGGAAGUAUUCAUACUAGAAUACAGAGAAGUACAGCGGCUAAGAAAUUAUAAAAUACAAAGUUAUACCCAUGAGUAGAUAGAAAUGACACCAGAUGGAAGACUAACCCUACAAACACAACAAUGAAACAUGCAAAACAGAGGCAGUAUUAUCAGUUUAUGGCACAAUAGAUGGGAUAGCCUAACACAUGCAUUCAUACAGCAAAUACAAGUGGCUGAUGAUCGGAGAUGUGUAGAUUAACUGGCAAUUCGCCGACGAGGUGUAACUGAAGGCGUUCAGAAACUGAUGGGAAUGCUGGGAAUGCAUACGGCCUUUGGUCUUCCAUUCAUUUCACAGGGUGACAUUGCAAACUGGGAAUAUUUGACCAGUUUCCCUGUGAGUAAUGCACUGAUGAUAAUCAUAAACAUUUAUGUCAUAUGCAGAUAAAGGUGUUGCUAGGAUCCACCCCUCUGCUUGUGGUGUUGGAACACACCAUCAACACGAUUUGUAGAAGUAAUGGCGCACAAAUAAUGGAUUAUACAUAUUAUGUUUCAUUCGAAUUUGGCCAUGCUAGCUUACAUAUAUGUGCAUCACUGUGGAAGAGAAGAUCAAUCAUGUAUUUUACCUUCAAAAAUAAAAAAAAUCCAACAAAAGCUAUACUCAUUAUUUGAAAAAACAAUGUAACCCCAACAAUUUUUCCCUCUCCAGGUAACAAGAUUAAAGAGUGUCAGUCAGGUCUGUAUGGAUAUGUACUCAAAAUUAAUUUAAUUAAAUUUUUUUUAUGAAAAAGGCCCCACCAAAAAGAAUAUGAAUGUUCAAUUGUACCAGGAGCCUUUGCUAAGAACAUUAGUAUUAAAAAUAAUGAUUGAAAAGGAAGAUAUUUUAGAUUAGUGUUUAAAUCCGUAAUAGUUUGAAGGAAAAUAUAAUUCAAUAAUUACGACUGUGCUAUGCAGAUUUGUGCUGAUAUCAGAAAAGCGAUACAUGCUGGCUUGUCAAGUGACCAGGGUGCUGUCAGGGGCUGACUGAGCUCAUGCCUGAAAUGCCAUUAAAGUCCAUCUUUAUUGUGACACAAACAAAGAAGCAGAAAGCAAUAAUGGCUGCUCUCUAAGUGAAUUCGGUGUGGAAGAACUGAAAGCAUUCCGCAUUGGUGCCCAAACUCCAUAAAGCUUAGUUCAAGGUCGGUCAAUCACCAGGGUUGACCUGUUGCUUAAAGAGUGAAAUUACCAUUUAGCUGGUAAUUUGGAAAGCAACUGCAUGCUUAAAACAAAGAUUGUUGACACUUGAAGGAUUCUGCUUGACCUGAUGUACUGCUACACUUUGAAAUCCAGUUUGAUAAAUCUCGAGAUAUUGGAUUGCCUCUACAUCACAGAAUUUCUGUGAUACAUUCUAAGCAGUUCAGGUCCUUCCCAAAGUGAGCCACGCGCUAUUUGUUAAAACCAAGACACCACAACUGGUUUCUCUGGGUAUUGCUCUUUCUACUAGCUAGUCUUUAUUCAGACCUGCAUUGUCAGACGUUUGUUUUAGUAUGUAUGGAGGGCUACAGAAAAUAGUUGCUGUGCUUCCUCUCUGAACACAUAUGGUCCCGGUAUACAUCAACAUGCCUUAUCAUUUCUACUAAUGAAAGGAUAGAUGUUUUGCAAACUAAACCCAAGUAUAUGAAAUUACUAUGUGUAGCCUGAUCAGUGGGAAAGGAGAUGUUUGUUGGGGGGAAGAUAUUUAUUGCUGAUGCCUACAAACAUUUUUUUGGGGGCCCAGGAACCAUGAUUUGUGAAUAAUGAGGCAUAGAGUCACAGCCAAUGGCUUCUUAUUUGCUGAGCUGAAAUGUUUUUCACUUGUUAUGAAAUCAUCAGAAUAUGCUUACUCCUGUUUUGUGUCUCUUACAGUAUAAUGACACGAUUUCCCAUCACUUCUGUCAUUAUGCAGUUGUUUCGGGCCAUGCUCAGGAAACAAGCGUGUAGCCUGCAACAGGGACCAGUAGGCAAAUCCAGCUGGCUCAGGAUCGUUUGUAUGAGUGCUUUAUUCGCUGAAGUGGUCCUCCAUCUUCAGCAAUGUUCUUGUUUACCAAAAAAAAAAAGGCAUAGCGUAUAAUUCCGCACCUUUGCUAACAUACAGAAGUCAUGUGUAGCUCGAAUCCUUUUAGUCUACCGCACUGGCUCAUUUUGUACCAGAGUGUUCAGCUUCUCUGCCUGCACUGCAUCCCCUCCCAGCCUCUGCUGUGCCCCAUGUGCCUCUGCUGGUCCUCCAGCUGCUCUGGUCAUCUGAGGCCAGUGAGUAAGUUGAGCUUUUCAAAAAGACGAACUUCUUUACUGCACCCGCCGAGUCUCCCUUUUCCCUCUUCUGUGUGUUGGAUUUUCAGUUUUCAUCUUGAUAGCAUUUACUCUGAUUUGCUCCUUAUAAAAAGUGGAACGUUCCGGAGUUUGACUUUAUUGCUUUGUGUGUCUCUGCCUCCCAGUGAUGCACCAUCCUGAAGUCCACACAAACACAAACACAUACAUUCCUUCUCAGGUCUGAUUCACUUCUGCCAAAACCUUGGGGCUCUGAAGCAGUCUCUGCAACUGCUCUGUACUUCUUAGCUGAACCUAUUCCAAAAUAACAUAUGAAUACUUUUUUUUAAACAAAUGUCAUUGAGCCUCCCCGUUGCGUCCUUUAGCUAAAUAUGGGGAACUAGUGGGUGGACAAGAAUGACCCCCUGACUUGGGAUGGGAGUGAGAGGAGGAGAGAGGUAGAUUGUGAUUGGCUGAGAAAAAGUUGUGCCUGGGCACUUCAUGACCAAUCCUAGGAGUCUUCUGUGAAUGUGCAGUACAUAUUUAAGUGGGGGUUGUGCACCAGCAUCAGGUGGAUCAGGCCAGGAAGUACGCAGGGUGCCUCUAGGUGUCCUUCCCUGUGAUUGCUACAGCCACUCUCUCUGAUCUAAAGACCUUUAUUACAAGCCAACAUG